AUGCCUGGCCAGAGCAAGCCUGGGGAAGAUGGGGUGGCCCAGCCCCCAGACUUGGCCACCCACUGGCUUCUCUCAGCCCAGUCCCAGCCCGGGCUCUGCCUGGCUCACUCCCCUCUCUCCCAUCCGCAGCCCAGCACGGCCCCGCCCAAGCCCAAGCCGCCGCCGCUGACCAAGGAGACCGUGGUGUUCUGGGACAUGCGCCUGUGGCACGUGGUGGGCAUCUUCUCCCUCUUCGUGUUGUCCAUCAUUAUCACUCUGUGCUGUGUUUUCAACUGCCGUGUGCCACGGACUCGGAAGGAGAUCGAAGCCCGGUACCUGCAGCGGAAGGCAGCCAAGAUGUACACCGACAAGCUGGAGACAGUGCCGCCCCUCAACGAGCUCACGGAGGUGCCCGGAGAUGACAAGAAGAAGAAGAAGAAGAAGGACAGUGUGGACACAGUGGCUAUCAAGGUAGAGGAGGAUGAGAAGAAUGAAGCCAAGAAGUGAGGAGAGACACGAGGACAGCUUCCUGGCGGUGGCAGCUGGGGCUCAAGUCCUGGCUGGGGCCCAGGCAUCCUGGACUCCACGCUCCUUCAUGAGCCAAUCAGGGGCUGGGACCAGACCGCAGGUGUCCUGCCUCCCAGCCUGGACUCUGCUCCUUUUACCAUGUCCACGUGGCCGCUCAACAAAGCGGGUCUGGGGCCACUGUCCCUCUGCAGAUCCAGAGCAGCCUCACACCCCCAGACACGCCUGUCUCACCCCUUUGGCCAGAAACAGCAGUGGUGCUAAAGGAGUGAUACGCUGUGGGAUCACUCCGGAAAGGCACGUGAACCGAUGUGAACCGGACAAUCAACCGGGCGCUGUGGCAGCAGGCAGUUCUCAGGCCUUGCUGGACAGCAAUCCUGGGGCGAGGGGUCAGCCCAAACCUAGCAGGGGCUCUGGUCCAGCGAGGUGGGCAGAGGUGGCCAGAAGCAGGAGAACCCCCAGCCCAGCAGACUAAGCCCCUGGCAACAGGAUGCACUUGGUUCACGCUCAGUGAUGGAGCAGAGGAUGCUGGGGGUCAGCACGAGGCCCGGCUCAGGGCUGGGCUGCAGCAGUCACGGGUGCAGGAGGCUGAAGCCGGGGGCCGGGGAGGAGGGAAGAAGGCUGCUACCUGGGCCCCUCUAGGAAUCCAGGGAAUAUCUGAGAAGUCAGCGGGCCCUUGGGCUGCGCUGCUGUGGGGGAGGUGUCAGGGCCCCAGGGGAUCACUGAGGGGACAGUUGGGGGUUGAGGCCGCCUCUUCUCCCACCCUCAACAACAGGCCCUCGGGAUGAGGGAUGCGGAGGGGCUUCCGAAGGGCAGCGAGCAUCAGCCGGGCAUCCACCGGGCCUGGGGACUAAGGAGAUUCCAGAGGUUUCCGGGCCAGGGGGCCUGCAGAGAUUAGUAAAUAAAGCAGAGCGCCUUCCAUCCCCGACCGAUCUGGAGUGAAGGUGACAGCAGCAGAGGCCAGCUGACCUUCUCCAAGCCCGAUUAGGGUGAGCUGGAGGGAGUCAGGUGACCAAGAGCAAAGGGCAGCUUUGGUUUCAACAGGCCUUCGAGGGUCUGAGCCCAGUGCUGGGUGUGUUCUAGCCACGGCCAGGAGCCGGGCUAAGGUCAAGAAGAGCCCGACUCCAAUUAAAU